AUGAAAAACUCAUUCCCAAACAUAAUUCGUAAGCCUUUGAAAAAAAUAUUCACCAAAAAUUCAUCAAACGAGACUUUAAACGAUAAUGGUGAUAUCAAUUGUUUAAUAAAAAUCGAACAAGAAAGAUUCUCUUAUAUUGAAGUAAUUUUGGAUGAAGAUGAAGAUGGCGAAAAUUAUCAUUACUACGAUGAUAAUACAAUGUCAUUAUUUGGUAAUAAGAGUCUCGCUAACAAUAAUAAUAUCAACGACGAUGAUGAUUCUAUCGAAGAUGAUGUUACUACUUGUUAUUAUCCAAAUGAAAUAAUUGACGAUUAUGAAGCAAAUGAAAAUGAAGACGAAAUUUUCCCCUAUAAUGACAAAAAAAAAUAUGGAUAUAGAUCAUGGGUUUUAAGUUUUAUUAAUAAAAUAUAA